CGUAAAGUUUGAUUGCUGCAAUAAGUAGAGGUAUCCAGAGACUACGAGUUAAUAGUUGAAAAUUUUAAAGGGAGAACCAACGGCUAAUAGAAUGACAAGAGGGUCACGUGACAAAAGCAUCAUUUAAAGAGGCAAAUGGCGUUUACAGAUGGGGUUAUGUUUGUUGAGUUCUUUUUAAAUCAUGAAUGAAAUAGUCUUAUCUGUCUUUUUUGAAGUGUGAUACGUUAUAUAUACAUUGUAAUAUGUAUGAAGCAGCUGAUGAUGAAGAAAAAUGAGUUGUAUUUUUUCUAAUAAGCUCUUAAAAUAGUGUUAGAAUGUCGGCAUCGCACGUGUGUUUGUAUACAUCUUUUGGAUGUUGACAGGAUAAAAGUUUUAACUGAACUGUAGACCCAAAACACGGAUUCAUAUUCUUGUUUAUAGUGAUUAAAGUUAAUACACUCUGAAGGACUCUGUAUUGGCUGAAAAACAUUCAUUACCAUACAACAGUUGUAUUAUAUAAUGUGACUGUUUCAGAGGGAACUGUCAAAUAUGUCUUUCUGAAGAAGAUAUUAUAGUAUUUUCAUCCCAGUUGGCAUAUUAAUAAAUCCAAGAUAAUGAUACCAUUGAUCUUUAAUUCAUCUUGAUAGCUGUAUUUAUGUAUCCAGCCAUGGGGAAAUAUUAGGUGUUUGCAUUUCAAAGAAAAUGUCAACAGUUCCUGGUGCUAGAAAUCAUUCACUAGAUGAAGAUGAAUUAAGAAACCUUGGUGCUUCUUCCAGACUCUUGGAUGUUAAUGAUGUCACACGCUCUGAUUGGAUUGAUACAGCUUCCACAGAUAAACCAGUUAUUGCAUCUCCAAUACUUCGCAGACACAAUUCUGUACCUGCCGAAAUGCCCAGUAGUACUGCACUUUUGAAUUCUGUGCCUUCUCCACAAAGUGGUCCAUUGAUGUCCCCCAAUCAGUAUGGCUCCAUUGACCCAGUACAUGACCUACCACCUGACCUCUUACAAGCUGGUUGGAGGAAAUUCUGGAGUAAACGGGAGAACAGGCCUUAUUUCUUUAAUAAAGUAACAAAUGAAUCUUUAUGGGAAAUGCCACGACUUGGCCACUACGAUCCAUCAACAGACCCAUUGGGCAUUCAGAUGUCACCUGACCCUCCUCACACGCCACACACUCCACUCAGCAUUCCACCUUUCCCCAGAAUCGGAGAUAAAAGAAGAGCAUCUGAUGAUUGCAUCAUGCCCCCUGCUGCUAAAAAGUUUUUUUUGAGUGGUUAUUGGGAUUUGGAGGUCCCUACGAAUGUUGUUAUUUGGGAACGUUCUCCCUCACUGUUGCCACCACCACAUCCAGAAGUGGAGCAAUACAGAGCUGUCCUGGUGGUAAAGUUACGCCAACAGUAUCAAGAAAUGUGCCACUCUCGAGAAGGCAUUGAUGCACCCAAAGAAUCCCUCAACAGGUGGUUCAUGGAGAGGAAGAUUCUUGACAAGGGGAGUGAUCCCCUCUUCCCAUCUGUUUGUUACCCUGAAGUGUCACAGUCUAUGUUCAGAGAGAUCAUGAAUGAUAUACCCAUCAAGUUGGUGAGGCCAAAGUUCUCUGGGGAUGCCCGUAAGCAACUCUCGAAAUACGCGGAAGCCGCAAAGAAAAUGAUUGAGUCCAGAAAUAUCUCCCCAGAGAGUCGUAAAAUAGUGAAAUGGAAUGCUGAGGAUGCUUUCCAAUGGAUUAGGAAAACUCUGAAUGCUACAUUUGAUGAUUAUUUAGAACGACUUGCACAUUUGAAGCAGCAAUGUCAGCCUCAUCUUGUGGAAGCUGCAAAAGAUUCGGUGGAAGCAAUUUGUACCAAAAUAUACAAUUUAUCAUGUGACUAUGCUAAAAAGAUCAGAGACAAACAUUGGGCUCUCUUACGGCAGCAUGGCAUCGAAGAAAUAACAAGUCCUUUGCAAGUGAGCAUACAUAAGAAAGUGUAUUGUUAUCCUGUGCAAUUCGCCAUUUCAUCUCCUCAUCUGCCCCCAGUUCAAUUGAUGAUUGAAAAAGAACAUACUGUCUUGAGGUUUAAAGGAGACGCUGUCAGAAUCACCACUCACUUCUUUCAAAAGCUGGAACAUUUGUAUCGCCUGAACUGUUCUGAUGACAGGAAGUUUGAAAACUUUCUCACACGUGUUUGGUGUAUGCUAAAACGUUACCAUGCAUUUUCUGGUCUUGCGCAUAGUGAUGGUCAUGGAAUACAGGGAUCUCUACCUGUUACUGUAUUUGACUGCAUACACAAACAGUUUGGUGUCACCUUUGAAUGCUUUGCUUCACCUCUCAAUUGCUAUUUCCGACAGUAUUGUUCAGCUUUUCCUGAUACAGACAGUUUUUUUGGAUCUCGAGGGCCAAUUCACAACUUUUUCCCUGUGUGUGGUUCUUUUGAAGCCAAUCCACCUUACUGUGAGGAGCUUUUGGAGUCCGCUAUCUUACAUUUCGAGAAACUUCUUUCAAGUUCUCAGGAACCUUUGUCAUUUAUUGUCUUUAUAUCUGAAUGUCGUGACCCUGUGCCAUCAUUUCUAACAAAAAUAGAAGCAAGCAGGUUCAAAAGGAAGCAAUUGUUAAUUCCUGCAUAUGAUCAUGAAUAUCGUCAUGGAUUUCAGCAUUAUAUCCCUAAAUCAGAAAUCUAUCAGCGUUCGGUGCAUGGGACUCUAGUUUUUUUCCUCCAAAACGACACUGGCUAUGCACGUUGGGGCCCCACCCCUGAAAGAAUAGACGCUCUGCUGGAAGCAUUUAAACUGGGGAAAGAUAAAGACCGGGAACAGAGUUUAAAUCCUACUGCUCAGGGCCCACCCACCCCCCAGAACUCUGUUGAACCAGCAAAGAACAGUUCGACAGAUUCUUCUUCAAAUGCCCAAAAUCAUUCGGCCGUCUAAACUCACCUUUUCGUUUCUUCAUAAACAUUUGAAUUUUAUAUUUCUGGAAAGUGGGUGAUAAAAUAAAUCAAAGAAAUUUCUAUAUUAACUCUUUGGGAACAGUACUUCAUUAAGUAGAAAUUGUCCUUAAAAAUUGUUAUUGAUUGGCUGAUUUUUAGGCCUCGUUGUUAAAACUAAGAAAAUUUAUACAAUUUAUGUCAUUGUGUCAAUUGGAGAUUAUUUAAAUACAGGUUUAACCACCCUGAAGCAUUAUAGUGGUCUUUUUAUUUUGAUUUUAUUCAAGUCUUCUUAUGAAAAACUGUUUUGUUACUCUUUGUGUGGCGUUCAAAUCAGUUUCUUUUAUCUCUAUACCAUAUAUUUAUAAUUCAAUCCAUGCUAGUUUUGUGCUGAUUUUAGUAAAAGUCAAAUUAAUAGUCUCAUCCUUUUUGAAUUAUCAGUAGCUUUAGCAAUAUUAGUCUAAAAAAAUAGUAGUAAAAAAAAAUUAUCAAUGCAAAUAUUUUUUAUAGUCAUAAAAGACAUGCAUUUUAUUUUAAAAUUUAGUUAUCUUUACAAAGAAAUUUUUUUUUUAUUCUAAUGUUUAUAUAGUUCGAAAAAAUGUAUAUUAUUUACUUAUUAAUCUUAAUUUAAUUAAAAAUUGCAUUUUUUUAAAUUGUUAUAUGGAAAAAGAUAAAUUUGCACCCUUACUUUAAUUUUAUUUGCAUAGAAAUAUUUUUUCUAAAAGCUUUUAAUAUAAUCUUUCAGAACUUGCUAACAAUUGUGGCUAAAAAUAUUUUCUGCAAGAUAAAAUACUGCUUCCAUAAAUUUAAUAUAGAGGUGCUUGCUUUAUUUUGUCACCCCCUCUGUAUGCACCCGAAACAUCAUGCAUAUUUUUAAUCAAUCGAUGUAUAAAAAAUGUUUUUAAUGUAGAUUUAUGAUGUAUAGAAAUGCUUUUAUCUUUCUUUUUGUUUAUAUUUAAUGUUGCGAUUAUUAUGUACUUGUACACUUCAUAUGGGUGAGUAU